UUAAAUCUGUUAUUCUGCUGUGUGUUGCAGCCGCGCUAACAUUACUGCUGCCAGUCUGAUCCCUCGCUUCUUCUUUCUUUCUUUCACUCCGGGGCGAUAACACAUUUUUUUACUUGCUGCGAUUUAAUGAAUUUCAGUCAGCGAUAACGCGCUUUUUUUCUUAUUCUUGUUUCACUUACAGGUAAUGCUGAGUGUAUACCAGACCAACAACGAGUCCUUGUGGAAAACAACCACCAAAAUAAACAUUUUAACCGACAUUUGAGUCUGCACUCGAUUGGAUUACAAACAGUCCACAGCAAGACAACAAGCAAGGACAUGCAGAAGAAAGGUCAGUGAGGAGGAUGACAGCGGAAGAAUAAAAGGACGGCAAAGGAGGGAUGAGAAAGAGACUGAAGUAAGAGGAGGAAGUGGAACUCCGAAGUGCCUACUGCGAGGGGUUGUCUGCUGCCGUCUGACUUUGCUGGAUGAGAGCAGGACAGGGCUCAGUGUGUGCUUGGCCUUGAAUGGAGGCUAUAUUUUAUCCUGACAGCCACAGAGUCAUCCAUCCCACGUUGCUGAGCUGCAGUCCCCACGUACCCUGAGCUGAGCAGCCACCUCGUCUCAUCAGUGCAAGGAAACCAUCCCUUGUUUUGCGAGCGUCUCUGAUGGCUGUCAGCAUGACCAUGGGACGGGACACCAAAUGGCUGACCCUGGAAGUGUGUCGUGAGUUUCAGAGAGGUACCUGCUCAAGGUCUGAUGCCGAGUGCAAGUUCGCCCACCCCUCCCGAAGCUGCCAUGUGGAGAAUGGCCGAGUCAUCGCCUGCUUUGACUCACUGAAGGGGCGCUGCACACGUGAGAACUGUAAAUACCUGCACCCACCUCCACACCUGAAAACCCAGCUGGAGAUUAACGGGAGGAACAACCUGAUCCAGCAGAAGGCCGCGGCGGCCAUGUUGGCUCAACAGAUGCAGUUCAUGCUGCCUGGAACACAGCUGCAGCCCAUAACAACAUUCCCCGUGACGCCCUCCCUGGCAACGAGUCCUAGUAUGGCGUUCAGUCCAUAUCUGAGCCACAUGGGUCCAGGCAUGGGCUUGAUGCCUGAGCUGCUGCCCAGUACUCCCCUGCUGGUCCCUGGGAGUCCCACCGGCCUAGCAGCCAUGGGCAACGGCACCUCCGCACAAAAACAUGUGCGCACAGACAAGCUGGAGGUUUGUCGAGAAUUCCAGCGCGGGAACUGCACACGGGGCGAGAGCGACUGCCGCUACGCUCACCCCCUGGAGGCCGGCAUGGUGGACUGCAGUGAGAACUCGGUCAUCGUCUGCAUGGACUACAUCAAGGGCCGCUGCAGCAGAGACAAGUGCAAGUACUUCCAUCCCCCUGCUCACCUGCAGGCCAGGAUCAAGGCUGCGCAGCACCAAGCCAGUCAAAACACAAUCACCAACACAGGCUUGGCUCUGCCUCCCGGGGUCGUGCAGCCGCUACCAAAGAGGCCAAUCUUAGAGAAGAGCAACGGAGCUGCCGCCGCUGUCUUCAACCCCAGCAUGUUCCACUACCAGCAAGCCCUGGCCAACAUGCAGCUCCAGCAACCAGCCUUUAUCCCCACUGGGCUUAUGAAAACCCCAACCCCGCUGGCAGCGGAGGGCGACUGGGAAAGGAGGGAGUGGAGCAGCUGCAGGCAAAACCCCAGCUGCUUCCUGUCAGUACCUGGACUCAGUGGUGAGGGGACUCCCUUUCCCAUGAUGCACGGUGCCACCACCUCCACUGUUUCGUCGGCCUCGACCCCAGUCACCAAUGUUCCUUUCGCUGAAUCUGCUGCCUCAAAUCAGAUCCCUCGGAGCUUCUGACUUCUGAUCCGGUGGAGCUCCAGUGUGUUCCCAUGGAAACCCAUUUCUGUCCUGUCCCCAAACUGCUAGUGGCGGCUCCGGUGGCGCUAAACUCAGUAAGCCUUUCCCGAAACCCCAGUUAAAGCCCCUGACACGUGCGCAGCAGUGGGGCGGUUGCCUCUCUGAAUGCAGCAAACAUGUGCCUCGCCUACAGCGCACACUGACAAUGUGAGUGGCAAUGUGAAACUUCUUAUAAGAUAUGAUGAAAGUAGGAAAGCUGCGAUGGUUCACGCAAUACAAGCCUGGACGUAUUACUGUUGCUUUAAAGCAGCCAUCCUGAUGCAUACUGACUUGAUCAGGCUGAGCAAUAGAGCUCCCUCGUUCUUACAGCCAUACAUGCCCACACCUUAAAAGUGCAGCAGACAUAUGCACACAAACACACACAAAUACAAACACACACAUGUACAUUUAAGACUAAAAGCCCUUUAUGGGUUGGAGCCAUCACAUGCGGUGACCCAACACAUUUGACUGUCAAGUCAGAAACUCUGAAAAAUUAAUUCUGGAAAUUCGGACCAUUAAAGUGGCACCUGUGGACCUGCCGCCGGUCUACAACCAUUACGUGUUGUCAAACUGAAAGAGUGUUUCAUAUCACGUCAUGUUUACGUUUCAAGGUGGCUACAAAUGUAACAUUCGUGUCGUACCAUGUAUAGCAUUCAGUUUGUUUCUCAUGGUCUCAUCUUGCCUGAUGAAACGUCAGUGAGUUGUUGUUCAUUUGUUCGUGCCUUUGAUUUAUCAGCUCAGCUGCAGAGGAGACUUAGUUUCCCAAAAUAAUUCAAUUAUUAAACAGCAUACAGUACAAAGAUGUUGUUAUUUGCAAUUAAAGGCAAUAUCUGUUUUUACAAAAAUACUGUGUAUUAGCCUAUAGUUCCUAUUGUAAGAAAAUCUAGUAAAUACAGUGAUCACCACUUUAUACGGUUUCAUAAAUGUUGAGCUAUGAUUUCAGUUUUUGUCCCCGGUUUCAUAGUCAGUAACUGGACCCCACUGGAUAAUAGUAGUUACUUUUCUCAUCACUUACUUUUAAUGCAACAACCGUAAAAAAAACGACAAAUUGACAGAGUGGAUACAGUGUGUUCUGCACUGAAGGGGCUGAGUAGAGAGAUUUUUCAGAAUGUGGCUCUUUGAUUUCUGGGUUUAAGACACAAACUGCCUUAAAGCAGGUGAGCUCAUAUUCUCCAUGUGAAGGCCUGUCUCUGUGUAAGUCCACCAGUAACAGACCAGAUGGCUCCAAUUAUUAUAACUGUUGAAUUUGAGUGAUGGAGUAUCUUGACCAAUGAUGUCUGAUCAGUGAUUGUUUCUUGCCUCUGAUGGGUAAUUGUCUGAAAGGGAAAGUUUAUUUGUCCAGUUUUCACCAUGAUUUGAUCCAAACGAGGAGUUUAAAAAAAGAAAAGACAAUCUAAUAUUACAGUAAUGACUCUUGGCUUCAGCCACAGACCCCUCUCUCCUGUGUCCAACCUGAAAUCAAGACAAAAUGAUAUUUGUGAGGGUCAGAUCUAACAUUACAGGCUUUUAUAACUGGCACAUCUUAAGCUUUUACACCUGAUGUCAGAGACGGAAGCUGGAUUUGUUUCCUGAUGUUGUGCCUCAAGUCUGUGCGUGCCAAGUGGUGGUAUAUGCAAGAAUCUGUCCCAUUCAAUGCAAUACCUGAUUUACUCCUCCCAAUAAGUGUCUCCCUCUUAAAUGCAGAUAUGUGUUAUAAAAAGGCAGUUUAUCCGUGUAAUUGUCUCCUUUCAUGUGGUUUUUGGAUUGAACAAGUGGCACAAGAUUUUUAUGUUUUAUGGCUCUUCAGGGAGAAAGCUUAGAACUUGAAAAUGUCCUGUCUGACUUUAAAAUGUGUUGUCUUUUCUACUGAUGUGUUGUUUUCGUCAAAAGUCGUCAGACUCUAAAUAUUACAGCGACAGUCGCUAUAAGCAGAACUGUGGCAAGUCAGGAGAUGGAGGACUAAAUCACCCGUUUGAUGUUUAAUGGUGAAAAAAUUACAAACCAGUUGGACUUCUGGUUUUCAAAUGUCUGUAAGGAAUUGCUCUGUAGGCGUGUAAAAUUGAACGUAAUGGCCUCAGAAACUGGGCUGAAAUAACUUUUAUCCAAAUUCAAAUGUGCCUCUUUCAAGUCUCCUCAAACCACCGCUGUCAAUACACUGUAAGAACAGACCAGUGCUCAAAGAUAGAUGUGUUAUUUGGUACAUUAUUAUAAUAGUAAAUCAUAUCUGUACUAGUUUCUUCUCUGAGACAGCUGUGCUGUCUUAUUGUCAGUGUACAGUAAAUAAAUCAGUGAGUUGUGUGCAUAGUUAAGUGUGUUGAAAGAGACAAUGAAUCACAUAUUUGGUUAGUUGUUAAUGCUGCAGAUAUUACGACAUUUCCCACUGAACAUUAUUCAUUUUAAAUAAUGUCAUUGUGUCGUGAAUGUAUCUAAUGCAAAAACUCUAUACAUGCCCCUCUAAAACAUAGGCAUGUUGAAAUGUAAUGAUUCACUAUAUAUAGACUAUUUCUGAAGUCACACAGAUACCAUGCUGAUACUGUGUUAAGACAUAUUAAAGUAUGUGUAUUGUUAUAUAGAUUUAUAUUUAAUGUCAGUGGGUGGUGUGACUACUUUUAGAAAUAUCUUUCACUCUCAGAAAAGGUAGAGCUGAAUUGUACUUUUUGAAGUACAAAUGUACACAGUACAGGUACAUUACAGUACCAUUUCUUGCUAUUCAGUUUUUGUACCCCAACCUUCAAAAGUACCCAAAGUGCCCAAAAUGCACCUAUAAACAAUGAUAUAAUCAUUGGGCAGAAUUUAGAGGUUAAGCAUGCUACCCUUUUUUUUAGCGUUUAUUUUACUUUUUCACAUGAUGUUGAUUGGCCAGUUCUCCCGUGUACUGCGGUCCUUGUGUUUGCUAAUUCCCACUCUUAGUCUUUGGAGACAGCAUACGAAAGUAAGAGUGUAGACAGACCAUCCAGUGGGAGUUGCUAGUGCUGUGACAGGGAUGUAAUCCCUCACUGGGUUCCCACCCAUUAACACUGCCAACUGUGUUCAAUGGGGGAAAGUUUGAACCACCACUUCAGGCUGACUUGGUAUAAAUGUGCCCCUUAAAGGAACAGUACACUUAUUUGCUGUCUUUCUAAGUUAGAUGAGGAGAUCAAUACUACUGCUCUACAAUGCGCCUCUGAAACUCAACAAGAAGUUAAUUUCUUGGUGAACAAUAGCCAGACACAGUGACAUUCCAGAAUCUUGUGGUAGCAGUGAGGUUGCCAGGCAACCCACACUACAGCCAGAUGCAGUGACAUUCUGGAAUCUUGUAUCACUUAGGUUGCCCAGCAACCACCACUAUAACUAGAGACACUCUGCACUUCAGUCCUGAGUGGUUGGAUAAUGCUGUAAUAGGCUAAUAGUAUUUUUAAGACAAACAUAACCAACACAAACAGGUUUGAUAAGGAUCCUGCAGAUAUCACUCUUCUCAUCUAACCCUUAAAAAAAACAGUGAACAUGUGUAUUUUCUACAAAAGCUGCGUUGUUUAUUUAAACUGUCAGUUACUUUUUAUCCACAUGUAUAUCUAACAGUAUGUACCCUGUUAUAUGCCUGGUAUCGUACAUCUGUAAAGUGUAAAGUGUAAACUGUACUUUUUGUUACAGAAGCAUACUUCUCCUUUACCUCUUUUUUGAGUCUGUUUAGCAGCUGAGUUUUCUUAAGUCUCUGAAGGAUUUGAACGGAAAUGUUCCUCCCCUGCUCGCUGAAAUUGCUGAUCAGAAUGUCCACACAUUUUGUGUAAAUCGAAAUACAGCUUUGAAAGACUAGCUUUGUCCAGCCAAGAAAACCCCUCCCUCCAAGCCUUUGUCUCCUCCUUCCUUCACAUAAUUUUGCCUUCACUAACUGCUGUCCAGCUGGAAAAUAAAAACAGAAUACUUGAUUAAUAAAUGGUGCCUCUUGAGGGCAUUUGAAUUUUUAAGUAUAUUUAGACGUAUGUGUUGACGCACAAGAGUGUGUUAGUUAGGGGAUCUGCAGUGUGGCAUGAGAAAAAUUAUGUUUUACCUCUUUCCCUUUCUUUCCCAUUCUCUUGUACUUGAUUUCCUUCGGGCCUCACUGUAUUUUCCCCGUACAGUCAUGAAUCAUAACUCUGGAAUAUACAGAAUGCUCUGAUCAUUGUGUCCAGUGACCAGAUCCUUUAGCAUGUGGACAGUUAAUUCAGUCCUGAGCAUACUUUUGUUUCCCGGGGCACAAACAAAGGGCCUUAUUUCUUGAUCACUGUAUAAAGAUGUGAUAGCUGUGUAUGAAAAUGACAUGUAUUAAUGGUAAGUUAAGCUUUUUUUUUUUUUAAUCUGACUUUAAAAAAAACACAGCAUGAAAAUAAAAAACUCAUUUAUACAUAGUUAAUAGUUUGUGUAGACCAACAGGAAAAAAAAGAUAUAAUAUGAAAAUCAUUUGUAAACAAUGAUGGAGUCAUUGUUAAUGGUAAUAGUUGUUGUUGCUAUGGCAACAAAAUGACAACAUGGCUACCUUUCUAUUAUCCUAAUUGUGAAUUUUUUCACAUUAAUUGAAAUAACAUACAUCACUAACUUAUUCAAGAAGGGAAUGUCUAAUUAGUUUGUCUUGUUAUUGCAACGUGAUUCAAUAUUUUGUAUGGAAAACUUAAAUCCUUGUAAUAUCCAAAGGUCCUUAGGGGAGAUCAGGUGUUUAUUUUGUUUUGCUUAUUUGACCUUAAUUGUUUGUUUUUUGGUUUGUUUGUUUUUUGUUGUUUUUUUUUGUUCUUGUACAUGGUGUUUUUGAGAAAUAAGAAUGGACUGUGGCUUUUAAAGCAAACGCCUAUCUGUCAGGGAGGUAAAGAGGCUUUUGGACUAACUGAAAGAACUUCAUCUUUUUCUGUAAAAUCAAACUAGUCAGCGAUCCUCACACUUCACCUCCUGCCUAGAGACUAGACAGCCCUGUCCAGUCUCUGUGUGGAGGUCUGAGCUUUCAUUACUGAGUUCUGUUUCAGUUUUGGCCGAGAACAUGGUCCAGAAGUCUCUUCCUGCUCAGCUGUGCUGGGUGAUGUUGAUCCUUACUGAGGUGUAUAUGAAUGUGUGACGUUCACCUUGUUUGCACUUAUGUACAUAACAAUGUCAAAAUACUCAAAAUUUAUUUUGAAUAAAUAUAGAUAAAAGAGUUGAUUAAAAAAUCAAAUCAAUGUAUUGUUAAUGAUAUGUCUAUCGUUUUAUUACAGUAUAAAAAGAUUGCUUUGAGGGAUCUGUCCCUUUGUUUGUUUGUUUGCUAGAGCCCUGUUCUUCCCCAAGCAUGACAUAGACAUGCCUAGCUGUAAACCAUGAAUGGUUUGCUUUAAAAAAGCUUUUUCAGUUCAUUUACAGUGACAUUUUUGGUUUAGAAACAUUUGACCCUGACAUCCCAGAGGUGGAUUAGAAGAAAUAGUCUGUCUGGAAUAUCUGUAGUAAACCAGUGCUUACCUUGUCCUUACAUGCUCAUCAUGGUCGCUCUGGUAAUGCAUCUGGGUAACUCCACCUGAAGGCUGAAAAAACAGCCAGAAAAAUAGGAGGAGCAGAUACAAAUCAGACUUUAAAAGGACAUGGGGUGUGAGAUGUGUUCACAGGGUUUUAGAUUCAAUUUAAUUUCUGUCAUUUUGUGAAAUGGGUUAUUCUUUGCUCCCUUGUUGUCAUUAUCCAAAACAACAAUAAAUCUGAAUUCUCCUCAGGAUUUUAGUCAAAAUUACAAACAACCUGGUUUUCCAAUGUUAUUCUUGCAGCAGCAGCAACAUCCUUACACAACUGUUAAUGCAGAUUUGGACAUUUGAUGCCCUUCAAUUGCUCUCAAAGCCAGCGAUUUUGUUGCCAUGGCACUUGUCCUAGCGGUGGACUGACUGAGUCAUCCUGGUGAAUCGGUUCACAGCCCUCCGACUGUUUGAAUAUUGACGUUUAAGUGUCUGCUCACAGAGACGGGUCUCUGUACGAUGUGUACCCAAAACUCAUCAAAGCUUCUCUGCUGUGACUCACCAGCUCCCAUCAUUGCUGCAGCGUCAAUGUACAGCAUGGGGGGAAAGUACAUGUGGAGUGGUCUUCACAUCUUGUGGUCACCAAUAAGGGAACAGGAUUGUGAUUUUGUUUUGAAUUUGAUUUAUUAUUUAAAAACAGUUCAGUUGUAAUUGUGCCUUUAUCAAACAAAAUGUAGUUUUCCUCAUACGUUCUACAUUUGAAUUAAAACAGCACAGGUGUUGAGUGUGUGUAAAACCAAUCCCUUUAUUUUAAAUCCUCCGCUGGUGAGUUGAGUUGUUACACUGGGUACAGUCGCAGACUUGAGUGGGAACCUGUGGAGGGUGACGAGGGCCAAAGACUGUUCGGGACUAAGCCAUAUGAAAAACUCUCUCUGACACUCUAGGACAGACUUGAAAGUGACUGCUCUUUCUUAGUCACCUAUCGCUUCACUAUGUUUUCUGCUUGUGGUGCUUGUAUGUGCUGCUGUGCUACAUGCCAAUUUAUUUUGCAGUGUAUCGCUAUUAAGAGUAAGUUACUGUGCCUAUGAUGAGUUCUGCGAUUUCUGUUUGACCUUUAAUAAAACACAUAAUUGUGA